CCGUCAUCCUUCGCGUUCCUUUGAUGAAUUACACAGCCGGGCUGAGCCACUUGGAUUUUCAAACUCGUAGUUGGUUUGCCUUAGGGAGCGAAUGCAGAGACUUUGUAUGACCAUUGGCCUUCUCCAGAAGAUCCCAGAACAGCUUGAUGGUCUUCUCCCCAAUGUGGCGCUUUGUGCUCCCGGGGUGAUGAGCCUCGAUUCAUCUUUUUUCGAUCUGUUGAUAGGAUGCCUGACUCAUUGCUUUUGAGCUGACAUGCCAUUUUCAAUUCUUCCCUGCAUCGCCAACAGCAUCGCGGCAAUUCCUUCCAUCAUGAAUGCCUAAAUUUGGUUCAUUCAAACUAUAAAGAAACGUUCUCUUUGCCUUUUCGCUCUGCCUCUCGUCCAGCACAAUGGGACGACUUUUCCUCAUCUUUGCUACAUUGCUUGCGGGAUUCCUGGGACUUGUCAGGUGUGACAAGGAUAUAACAAUAUAUGCGGACAAUCAGGCACUGGAGUAUAGAAGUCCUUAUGCGAGACCAACCGAUUGGUACAACCAAGACUAUCGUUGCGGGAUCCCCAUCAAGGAAACACACGAACAGAGCGCCACUGUUACUUUCACAUUCAACGGGACAUCCGCCCAGGCAUGGCUACUCAGCGCCAACACCACGUCAAACGUUGACUUUUAUAUCGAUGGCAUUUACGAAGGUACAAUGGACACUUGGAGCAACACCAGCAACACCAGCUGCUUUUAUAAACAUUGGAAUUCGCCCAAAUUGCCGGUGGGCGAGCACACGAUCACUGUAUUACACAGGAAUUUGAACCGUAGUCACCCGAACCUCGAUUUUGUGAAGUAUACCUACGUCUAUAGUUCUGCUGGAAAAGGCGGCUUGUCACUUGGAGCCAUAGCGGGCAUUGUCAUCGGUGCAAUAGUAGGGUCCAUCUUGAUAUGCAUUUUAGUCGUAGCGUGUUGGGAAACAUGCAUGUAAGAUACUUCCGUAAAUGUGUUAGUGUGUUGAGACCUGCGCAACAGGUCCGUAUUUCAUAUGUGGAUCUACUCAAAG